AUGGAGUCUCCAGCGCAAAAGGGAGUCUACAGCACUCGGUGUUCCCAGGCGGUCACCCAUCUAAGUACUAACCGAGCCCGACGUUGCUUAACUUCAGUGAUCGGACGAGAACUGGUUUUUUUUUUAUCUUAUUUUAUUACAGGAACAAUAUAA